GCUCUGAUGGACUUUCAUUAUCUCAUACAGUCAUCACGGAUUGAUGAUCACAAUAUCAAGUGUAUUUCCACAGCACUGGCCAAAUUUCAUGCUAACAAACAUUCAAUCACUGCUGCUGGGCUUCAUCGCAGAAAGGGCAACAAGCCUAUUCACAACUGGUACAUCCCAAAGAUAAAGCUCCUGCAGAAUAUAGCUCCCAGUAUAUGCAAUACCAGUGUCAACAUGCAGUGGAGUGCAGAUGCAAUGGAGCAUGCACAUAUAACUGAAAUAAAAAAUCCUGCAUGUUCAAGUAACAACAACAACUAUGAUUCACAAAUCUGUUGUUACCUUGACCAUGUAGACAAAUGUUGUUGUUUUGACCUUGCAACAAGUCUAUUAGACUUGAGGCUGUGA